AUGGGUCUCCCAGUGUGGCGAGCUCCAUCACCAGCCGACUCGGUCAAGGCCGCCGAUAAAGCCGACCCGACUGCCUCCGCGCGCAGUCCCAUCCGAAGACACUCGCCGCGCAUCAGGCCGGGUCGCAGCCGCGAUGUUCGACAGCGAGCUCGCGCCGAGUACUUCGAUAGCUUCCGGUCUGCGGAGCGGAUCCGCGAGCCUCACCCAGGCGCCUUCCAGCCUUAUGCUGUGGAGGAAGACGCGUCCUCGUCCGAGGGUCCCCGCCGGAACACAAACCUUCCGCCGGUGCCUGAAUCCAUGAACUACAGCCGCAGCGAGGAUGAAGCAUCUCGGCCGGCGACCGCAAGCCGACAGGAUGAUGAGCGCGCCCGCUUCCCGGUCCCACGUGCACUCAACCCCUUUGCCAGGCCGUACUCACGACCCCGCGACAACCCCAGCGCCAUGAUCCGGCCUCAGCACUCGUCCUCCUACCGACCGCGCGAGCUCCCCGCCUACACGCCCAACUUCGCGCCCGCGCGCCGCGCCUCCCUCCGCGAAUCCGACCCCCUACAAUACACCUCCAAUUCCGCUAUCCACCACCCCGGUCCCCUCGAAAACCACCUUGACCCCAGCGGCCACCUCCCAGAUUUCCCCCCUCUCCGCCGCACGGGCCGCCGCACCAUCGCCGACGGACCCCUGCCCUCCAGCUCCUUGCGCGAAUCUUGGAGCCCUGCCACCACUGUCAACGGGCUCGGCGACCGCGAGCGCAGCUUCAGCCCGGGCGACGACAAUCCCGCCGACAACUGGGACGCCAUGCACAGCACCGUAGCGCCGGACCCGAUCGAGCCGAGCGCAGACUCGAGCUUCACGUCCGCGGCCGCGAGCGCGUCGUUCUCAGCCACAACGCGGCAUUCGAAUAACUCGAGCCGCAGCUCGCGCCGCUCCGGGUCCGGGUCCGCGAGCUCGGCUAGAACGCAUAUCACGGUUCCCUCGGACGCAGAGAGGUAUGCGUGGACGGUGACGCAGGUGUGCGAUACCUCUGAAGACGGCGGGUCCGAGACUGAAGCGGAUGAGGGCGAGGCGGGGAUUUCGCCGCGGUCGCGAAAUCCGAUGAGGCAGGUGCUCCUGGAAGAGCGGCGCAUGCGGCGGAGAUUGGAGGUCGCAGAGCAGGCGGUGCUUGAGCGGCCGCCGCGCAGGGAGCCGGAGAGGUAUUCUGCGGGGACGAGGGAACGGAGCGGGGAGGCUGGGGAGGCGGUGCGAGAGUAUUACGGCCACCAGGAGGCUCCUAGUCCGCGAAUGCAGCUGCGUGAGCUAGAGCGCCUACAGGAGAGGAGGCGGGAGUUGGAGGCGGAGGUGCAUCAGGUGGCGGAGCUGAGGAUACAGCUUGCAGAGCGGACGAGGUUGGAGGAGGAGCGGAGGGCGCUGGAGGAUGAAGAUGAAGAGCAGCAGUCGCAACAGCCACUUACACAGUCGUUCGACCCGGAGCUCGAGGAGAUGCGGAGUCUGCUGGAGCGGAUCGCGCGCAGGGACGAUAUCCCGGAGGAGUGGUGGAUGAGCGUCGGUCUCGUGCCUUCGCUGCCGAGGCGCGUGAUUGAGAGGUUGGCAAGGGAGAGGCUGUAA